AUGCUUCUCAAGUCCAUUUUGAGGGGACCCCUGGCCCUCUGGUACUGCUCCCUUGUCAAUUCGGAGGAGUAUCUGCAUGAGCAACUCCAGGAAAACAAAUACUUCCCCUUCCAGGUGCAGCAGCCCAAAGUGUUAGUGAUCGAGUAUUACAAGGACACCAUCUGGCAAGGACUGGUCUGUUUCGUCAUCUCUGUCUUCAGCAGCAUCUUCUACUUCAAACUGUACGGGGCCCAUCAGGACCUGUCGUGUUUCCUCAUCCUCAGCAUGGCGUCCAGCCUUUGGGUCCUGGUCAGCAACCUCUGCAAACGCCGUCUGAUCAUCAACCACAUCCGCCAGUACUACCAGUUCUACAUCAGAGGCAUCCUUUGGCAAGAGGGGCCCCUGCACCAGAUCUACGUCCGGCUGGUCAGCCAGCGAGAUGCCCAUGGAAAGCUCUUCUACAGCCUCAUCAUCAACGGGUACCGCCUGGAGGUCCUCACCCUGGUCCGUCUGACCAAGAACCAUGAGGUGAGA